AUGUCUGACUCCGAAGAGCUCGCCCACGCCAUCGCCGGAGCCGGCGGCGGCGCGUUGUCGAUGAUUGUCACCUACCCGUUGGUGACGUUGUCGACGAUCGCCCAAACGAAAAAGAAGGACAAGAACGCGAAGCCGCUGAUCAGCCCCGCGACGUCGAACAAGAUCGUCGCCGCCAUCCAGAACCUGGGCACCUUCCAGGCGCUCAAGGAGAUCAUCCAGACCAAAGGGGUGCUGGGGCUUUACGCCGGGUUGGAGCUGGCUCUCUACGGGAUCACCUUGACCAACUUUAUCUACUACUACUUCUACGAGUUCGUCCUGAAGCUCUUGCUUAAGCGGCGCCCCGGCGCCCGCGGGUUGACGACGUUGGAGUCGAUCCUUACUGGCGCCAUCGCCGGCGCCAUCACCUGUGUCGGCUCCAACCCGUUCUGGGUGACCAACACGCGGAUGAUGACGCAGAAGAAGAAGGACGGGUCGCUGAACUCGACGUGGAAGACGUUUGUCGACAUCAUCAAGAACGACGGCGUCGGCACCCUCUUCGCGGGGGUGUUGCCGGCGUUGGUGUUGGUGAUCAACCCCAUCAUCCAGUACACCAUCUUCGAGCAGAUCAAGAACUUCAUCAUCACCAACAACGGCGCCAAAGCGUUCACCGCCAAGAAGGCGUUCCUCAUUGGCGCCUUCGGCAAGUUGGUGGCGACAGCGUUGACCUACCCUUACAUCACGUUGAAGCUGAGAUUGCACGUCGCCAAGAAGGACAGCGGCGACCAGAAGUUGCUGAUGGCGCAGCAGUUGAAGAAGAUCGUCCACGACGAAGGCGUCGGCGGGUUGUACGGCGGCAUGGGAGUGAAGCUUCUCCAGCUGAUCACGACGGCGGCGUUCUUGUUCUACUUCAAGGAAGAGUUGUUGCUGGGGUCGGUGCAAUUGGUGAACAUUUUGCGGGCGUUUAAGGCGAGAAAGACGCUCAAGUAA